AUGCGCUUCCUGCUGCCUCUCUUUGCGCUGGCUACGGUAGCCGCUGCCUGCUGGCCACCUAAGGUGUGCAACGGCGAAGAGCCUGGAUUCGAGAAAGACCGCCACCUCCUCCAUGGUGAAGGUACGGAUCAUGAAACAGCUCAUCUUGUGGGCCAUCCCAGUCGUCGGUACUGUAGUAGCCCGCUGGACUGCAAGCCGGGCGAGUCGUGCAGAAAGUUCAAAAAAGUUCUUGCGUUCAACACCGGCCAAUGCUUGCCGAUUCAAAGCCCUGGGAAA